UGUCGUUCAUAGCACCAUAAAUAUAUUUCAGUGAAAUUUAAAUUCUUUCUUACCGGUUGUCUUUUAUACAAUAUACUUCACUUGUCAAAUGCUGGAGUCAUGUUGUCAUUCACUCCGUUCCUUGCCUACUAUCUUCCGGAUCAGCUUCCUGUUGCGUACCUCGUAUGGAUAUUUAUCGCCUCAUUCCUAAUUACUACUCUAGAAGUAGCACCUAAGUUCACGAAGCACACAAUUGUGCCAGGUACGCCUAUUGUCGGCCGUAAGUGGUGGCUUGAGCCUCUCUUCGUCACUAGAUAUCGAUUCGUCUUUGGCGGUUGGUAUAUAACGAGAAAGGCCUGGGAAAAGUACCCAAACACCGUGUUUACUAUCGUGCGCCCCGACUCAAACAUGACGGUCCUCCCCCCUCGAUAUGUAUAUGAAUUACAAAACAUGCAUGAUGAUAGACUUCACCCCAUUGAAGCUCUAUCUGAGGAUAUGCAAGGGAAAUACACUGGAAUGACGAUACUGUUGGGUAGUCACCUCAGUUUCAAUGUCAUCCGAAACAAGCUCACACCUCGGCUUGGAUCGCUCUUACCCACCUUGGCUGAAGAGUUAAACUAUAGUCUGGGAGUUGAGAUGCCACCAUGCAAAGGCAAAUGGGUGGCCGUGAACUUCAACGUUGUUAUGACCCGCAUAAUUUCACGUCUGACCUCGCGGACCUGGGUCGGCUUCCCCUUAUGUCGGAACGAGGACUGGCACUCUGACAAUAUUUACACCACAUCACAGAUUUUUCUUACAGCACUUAUCCUUAAGUGUCUUCCGGGAGUGUUGCAUCCCAUAGUGGGCCCUGUGUUGCCAACGCGACGGAAAUUACGACAGGGCCUCAAGCGUGUACAUUCUUAUUUAAUUCCUCUGAUCGAAGAGCGGCGGCGACAGGCCCGCGAAGGAAGCGAAGGAUAUUUAAAACCCGAGGAUGUGUUGCAGUGGAUGAUUGAUGAAGCCGAGGGCGACGAACGAUCCGCUCAAAAUAUUGCAACACGAUACGUCUUCUCCGUGAUUGGAUCGCUCUACACAGUAUCGGCGGGAUUAAUUGACUGCUUGUACGACCUGGUUGUCCAUCCUGAAUACUUGGAGCCGCUCCGUGAGGAGGUGCGGCAUGUCCUGGAGGAUGAUGGGGGUUGGCAAAAGGGCACCCCUGCAAAGUUGAUCAAGAUGGAUAGUUUUAUGAAAGAGUCACAGCGAGUAAAUGCCCCAAGCCCACUGAGUUUUAAGCGUAUUGUUAAGGAGAAGUUAACCCUGUCUGAUGGGCUGGUUCUUCCUAAAGGGGCAUAUAUAUGUGUAGUCAACACGUCAAGCCUUGGGUGUGAAAAUGAUGAUUUCGACGGUUUUAGAUAUAGCAAAAAGCGCCAGGAUCCAGGGUUCAUGACGCGUCACCAAUACUCAUCGACUGAUAGUAGCCACAUCACAUUUGGACACGGCCGGUUUGCCUGUCCUGGUCGUUUCAUUGCCGCAGUUGAGAUCAAGUUGGUUUUUGCUACCAUGCUGGGACGCUACGAUAUUAGUUUCGGUGAGGGCCGCGGCAGACCUCGGGCCCUGCAGGUCUUGGAGUUAGGCUUUCCGGAUCCCACACAGGAGGUCUAUGUGCGAGAAAGAAUGUAGUUGGAGUCUGCCUUCAUGCAUAACGCAAGAUGUAUGGAACAAGUCACUAGGUAUUGUAUGGUCUAGAUCCAAAUUUUAGUUAACAUUGAAAGAUUAUGCGGUGAGUACUACACAUAAUCUUUUCGGUGUGUUGGCAUGUUUCGUCGCCAACGUCGUGACACUGCAUAGUGGCGGGUAAGUAUUAGAUGAUAUUUAAUCUAUUCAUACUGUUGGUUGUACUACAUGAUUACGAAACAUGGUGGCUGCUCGAAGGAUCAUGGCUCGCAUAUAAAAUACGACACGAUUGCAGCUAUAUACUAACUUCCUCACAUAAAGGGGAUAAGGAGGGGGGGUGAAAAGGUACAGUAUUUAGGUAGGUAAAAGUCUAACGGGCUUUCUUGCCAUUCGUAUAGCAAUAAAAUUAUAAAAACUAUAAAUCGUUAUAUGUAAUAUAUAAACGCGGCGAAAUACUUCCGGAUUUUUAUUAUUAGC